AUCCUAAGACUCACAGUUCAAGCUAAUCAUUGACAGAGCUUUACAAUCACAAGCUUUUACUGAAGCGUUGAUAAGACAGUCCAGCAGUUAGUGGCAAAUGAAGCCAGGCUGGGCGGCAGGAUCUCUAGGGAAUGAAUGGAUUUUCUUCAGCACCGAUGAAAGAAGCAUACGCUACAGGAAAACAAUGUCCAACGGGGGACUGCAAAGGUCUGUCAUCCUGUCAGCAUUUAUUCUGCUAGGAGCUGUUACUGGACUCUCUGGAGACGGAAGAGCUAUAUGGUCUAAAAAUCCUAAUUUUAGUCCGGUAAAUGAAAGUCAGCUCUUUCUCUAUGACACUUUCCCUAAAAACUUUUUCUGGGGUGUUGGAACUGGAGCAUUUCAAGUGGAAGGGAGUUGGAAGAAGGAUGGAAAAGGACCCUCUAUAUGGGAUCAUUUCAUCCAUACACACCUGAAAAAUGUCAACAGCACAGGUUCCAGUGACAGUUAUAUUUUUCUGGAAAAAGACUUAUCGGCCCUGGAUUUUAUAGGAGUUUCUUUUUAUCAAUUUUCUAUUUCUUGGCCAAGACUUUUCCCCGAUGGAAUAGUAGCAGUUGCCAACGCAAAAGGUCUCCAGUACUAUAACACGCUUCUGGACGCUCUAGUGCUUAGAAACAUAGAACCUGUAGUUACUUUAUACCACUGGGAUUUGCCUUUGGCGCUACAAGAAAAAUAUGGGGGAUGGAAAAAUGAAACUAUGAUAGAUCUCUUCAAUGACUAUGCCACAUACUGUUUCCAGACGUUUGGGGACCGUGUCAAAUAUUGGAUUACAAUUCACAACCCAUAUCUAGUUGCUUGGCAUGGGUAUGGGACAGGUAUGCAUGCUCCUGGAGAGAAGGGAAAUUUAGCAGCUGUCUAUGCUGUGGGACACAACCUGAUCAAGGCUCAUUCGAAAGUGUGGCAUAACUACAAUGUAAAUUUCCGCCCACAUCAGAAGGGUUGGUUAUCGAUCACAUUGGGAUCCCAUUGGAUUGAGCCGAACAGAUCGGAAAACAUGAUGGAUAUACUCAAGUGUCAACAAUCCGUGGUUUCUGUGCUCGGAUGGUUUGCCCACCCCAUCCAUGGGGAGGGCGACUAUCCAGAGGUAAUGAAAGAGAAGUUGCUCUCCAUUCUCCCCCUUUUUUCUGAGGCAGAGAAGAAUGAAGUGAGAGGCACAGCAGAUUUCUUUGCCUUUUCCUUUGGCCCCAACAAUUUUAAGCCCCUGAACACCAUGGCUAAAAUGGGGCAAAAUGUGUCCCUCAAUUUAAGAGAAGUGCUGAACUGGAUUAAACUGGAAUAUGGCAACCCUCGAAUCUUGAUUGCUGAGAAUGGUUGGUUCACAGACAGUCGCGUGAAAACAGAAGAUACCACAGCCAUCUACAUGAUGAAGAAUUUCCUCAACCAGGUUCUUCAAGCAAUAAGGUUUGAUGAAAUACAAGUGUUUGGUUACACUGCCUGGUCUCUCCUGGAUGGCUUUGAAUGGCAGGAUGCCUAUACCACCCGCCGCGGAUUAUUUUAUGUGGAUUUUAACAGUAAACAGAAAGAAAGAAAACCCAAGUCUUCGGCACAUUACUACAAACAGAUCAUACAAGAAAAUGGUUUUGCUUUUUUAAAAGAGUCCACACCAGAUGUGCAGGGUCAGUUUCCCUGUGACUUCUCCUGGGGUAUCACUGAAUCUGUUCUUAAGCCGGAGUCUGUGGCUUCCUCCCCACAGUUCAGUGAUCCUCACCUGUAUGUGUGGAAUGCCACAGGCAACAGACUGCUGCACCGAGUGGAAGGGGUGAGGCUGAAAACACGGCCAGCUCAAUGCACAGAUUUUGUCAGCAUCAAAAAACAACUUGCGAUGUUGGCAAAAAUGAAAGUCACCCACUACCGGUUUGCUCUGGACUGGGUCUCAGUCCUUCCCACUGGCAAUCUGUCCUCAGUUAACCGACAAGCCCUGAGGUACUACAGGUGUGUGGUCAGCGAGGGGCUGAAGCUCAGCAUCUCCCCCAUGGUCACCUUGUACCACCCGACCCACGCCCACCUAGGUCUCCCCGAGCCUCUGCUGCACCGCGGCGGGUGGCUAAAUCCAUCGACAGUCAAGGCCUUUCUGGACUAUGCAGGGCUGUGCUUCCAGGAGCUGGGGGACUUGGUGAAGCUCUGGAUCACCAUCAAUGAGCCCAACCGGCUGAGUGACAUCUACAACCGCACUAGUAACGACACUUACCGGGCAGCCCACAACCUGCUGAUCGCCCACGCCCUGGUGUGGCACCUCUACGACCAGCAGUACAGGCCGGCCCAGCGCGGAGCCGUGUCGCUGUCUCUGCACUCGGACUGGGCGGAGCCCGCCAACCCCUACGCCGACUCGCACUGGACGGCGGCUGAGCGCUUCCUCCAGUUCGAGAUCGCCUGGUUCGCAGAACCCCUCUUCAAGACAGGGGACUACCCGCUGGCCAUGAGAGAGUACCUCGCCUCCAAGAACAGGCGAGGGCUCUCCAGCUCCGCGCUGCCCCGCUUCACCGAGGACGAGAGGAGGCUGGUCAAGGGCGCGGCCGACUUCUACGCCCUGAACCACUUCACCACCAGGUUCGUGAUGCACGAGCAGCAGAGCGGCAGCCGCUACGACGCGGACAGGGAUGUGCAGUUCCUGCAGGACAUCACCCGCCUGAGCUCCCCCACGCGCCUGACCGUGGUGCCCUGGGGAGAGCGCAAGCUGCUGCGGUGGAUCCGGAAGAACUAUGGAGACUUGGACAUCUACAUCACGGCCAACGGCAUCGAUGACCAGUCUCUGGAAAAUGACCAGCUCCGAAAAUACUACUUGGAGAAGUACAUUCAGGAGGCUCUGAAAGCAUACCUGAUUGAUAAAGUCAAAAUCAAAGGCUAUUAUGCAUUCAAACUGACCGAAGAAAAAUCUAAACCCAGAUUUGGAUUCUUCACAUCUCAUUUCAAGGCUAAAUCCUCAAUACAGUCUUACAACAAACUGAUCAGCAGCAAUGGCUUCCCUCCCGAGAACAGUAUUCCUAGAUGCAGUCAAACUCAAAGAAACACAGAGUGCACUGUCUGCUUAUUUCUUAUGCAGAAAAAACCAUUGAUAUUCUUUGGUUGUUGCUUUUUUUCCACUCUGGUUCUACUUUUAUCAAUCACCAUUUUUCACAGGCGAAAGAGAAGAAAACACUGGAAAGCAAAGAACUUACAACACAUACCAUUAAAGAAAGGCCACGAGAGAGUUCUUAGCUAAACUGAUCUCAUUUCUGUCUGCAUGAUAGAAAGUUUAAAAAUUCACUCCAGUUCCAUAUACUGGUAAUUUACAGAAGAUAUACCUGUAUUCUAUAACAACAAUUUGAGAUAAUGAGAUAAUGAAGGUGAUGACAAUCGAUGUCUCUGCUACGUGGUUCAAAUGAAUUCUCCUUUAGGUGUUGACACCAGUGAAUUCAGUUCUUGGAUCUGAACAGAAAAGCUUCACCCUGACAGACUGUAAGCUACGAGGAUUACCUGGUACACUGCUUCAUGAAGUUUGAGGAGCUGUUUUCCACCAUUCUUCUCUAAAUACCAAUAGCUACUUACGGUAAAAGAAAUUUCUGAAAAGUGAAACUUUCUGUUUUGUUAGACUCCAAGCAGAGAUUUUAAAUUCUUCUUUAAACUGGAUAGUCAGUGAUAUAUUCUGUCACUUUUAACAAGGUGCUUUAUCCUUUAGGUUAGGGUGGUUCUCAAAUGGAAAGAAAAAACCCAAUAGGGUAUGUAGUGCUGUCAACAGCCAGUUACAGCAUACUCUUAAGCACAUCAAUCCCUUAGUUUUUAUCAACAGAAAUAAAAAUUACCAAGCACGUAUAAAACAUCUAAUUUUGCAAUUUUUAUUAGAUCUGAUUUUAAAAAAAUAACACGUAACUUCCAUAACUCAUCUCAUGGAAAGAUCACAGGACUAAGAUUAAGGAGAGCAAGACCUAACUACCUGUGAAGACAGGGAAGUCACUCAACUUCAUAGUAUAGCAACUUCUCCUUUAAAUAAAUUGGCAUCAUUCCUCCUGCACUGAUUUUUGAGAGGUGACAAACAAGAUUGGGUAUACUUAGGAAAGCUAAACAUCCUAAAAAGACGUAAAGUUUUACUUAUCAGUUAUCAAUAGUCGUCAAAGGGCAUUUUAUUCCCUAAGACUUGCUCUCUCCCCAGAGGAGCUUCACUAUACCGACACCACACGUAUAUAGGUACUUUUCAAGGUUUAGAAUGCAGCCAUAAUACCUGGACAUAGCAACUGUGACACUUUGGAUACAAUUCAGUAUGUUUACAGCCUGAAUGAGUUAAAAUUGUUUUUUUUUACAGAACCUUUUUAGAAUAGGAUUACAUAAAUUCUUAAAUCUGAACCUGAAUGGAGAGUUUGACUUUUUUUAAAAUAAACUGUACUUUAGACUUGUUCAGUGUAUUCUAAACAAUGGAGGGAAAAAACUUGACUAUAUCCAUUUAUACCUAUUCUUUCUUUAGAUUAGUCAACAUUUAAAUAACCACCCAUUACACACAGUAACUAGUCAUUGUCUGUCCCGUUAAGUCAAAAGAAAGUUCUUCUAUUCAAAAAAACUUUAGUAGGAAACUACCCUAAAUAAAGGCAACUGUGAUCGUAUUCCAAGUCCGCCUAUGUCAGAAGCCAAAUCCAGUACAUAAUUUUCUAAUUGAUAAUCAACAGCAGUAAUUUUCAAAGAUACUGCAAAGAGAUAAUAAAAUUGGUCAAUUCAAGCAAAUGCACACUGGGAAAGCGAUUUGCUACUUGACUAGCCAAAUUCUAACAGUAAAAUUUUGCUUAUGUUUUUCUG